AUGCAAAGAUCCAGAGCGACGUCGGACUCAUCGGUCGAUUUCCUGGUGCUGCAGAAGUUGCGGGAUAAGACACACGCAUCCAGAGCGAUGCUGAUCGAACAGCUGAACAAGGAGCUGACCGAAAUGGUGGAUGAAUGCUUCACUGACAUCAGCAGCCUCUCGUCCCGCAACGGACGAUUGGAAAGUCCCUCCUCAGACGUCCUCUACACCAACAGGAGGUUCUCCACUUCGAAAGCGGGCCAGAACGUGCUGCCGAGCAAGCAGUUCGUCCCAAGAGACUCGUUGUUGACCGAGCUAUUUCGCAUCAACCACUUUCAGACCAUCUUUCACAUCUUUACGGCAAUUCUCGUGAUCCUCUUCAUGGACAACAUUCUCGCCGAUCUCCUCGGAGAGCGAGGGCAAGUCCCGAUAAACUUGAGGUUUGAUUUGUUCUUCUAUACAUUUGGGAAUUUUCUCACCUCACUGGGCAUCUGGUUAUCAAUGAUGUGCUCCACAUUCUUGAUUUACCCUGCUUUCCACUCGUGGGCAUCCUCAGACCUCCCCAGAAGUAGUAAGGAUUACUUCAUGCCUGGCUACUAUGGUUGCACAAUCAACAUGUAUUUAUUUGUGUCAUUAGGAUCCUGGAAUAUAGUAUUUCUGUGCAUAUUCAUUGGGUAUUUGGUGGCCUUCAUUUACUCUCCUGUUUAUCACUUGCUGGACAACAAUCUUCCCCCGGCAUCUUCUGCCAUCGUGCUCAUGGAACAGGCUCGCCUGUUGAUGAAGAGUUAUGCAUUUGUUCGAGGGAACAUUCCUCGUGUCCUGCAGCAUCAUGCAGCAAACAAGGAGGAGAAGUCUGUUCCCUGUCCUGCAUUUCAUCAGUUCCUCUAUUUCCUCUUUGCUCCAACUCUUGUCUACAGGGAUUCUUAUCCAAGGACAAAGGAGAUCCAGUGGAAAUUUGUGUUUAGCAAUUUUGUCAUCGUACUUGCCUGUGUCUGCUGCAUCUACUUUGUGUGUGUCCGUUACACCCUGCCCGUGUGGGGACAUUUUGGUCAAGAACCUGUCUCCAUUCGCUCGAUCUUCCUCUCUAUCUUUGCUGUCAUGAUUCCUAGCACUCUCAUGGCUCUAGCCAGCUGGUUUUGUCUUCUCCACGCGUGGCAAAAUGCAUUCGCUGAGAUGCUUCGCUUUGCCGAUAGAAUGUUUUAUAAGAUGCCAGAAAUCAACUGCUCAAUAUCUGCUUCACAAUGUUAUCUGUUUCUUCAUCAGGACUGGUGGAACUCUGGCUCGUAUGCACGGUAUUACCGGACGUGGAACAUCGUGGUCCACGAUUGGUUGUAUGAGUACAUCUACAAGGACCUCUAUGAAUCAGGCUGGUUCAAGAACCGUGCCAUCCCCAUGAUGGCUGUUUUUGGUGUCUCCGCAAUCGUUCACGAAUACAUCCUGGCUGUCGUCUUUCGUUUCUUCUUUCCCGUCCUCCUCAUCAUGUUUGGCUUUUUUGGAGGGGGUUUGAUGUUCUUGCCGAGAUGGGAGGGGUCUCGGGCAUGGAAUGUUUUUCUCUGGGCCUCAUUUUCCAUUGGUGUUGGGACACAGUUCAGCUUUUACAGCAUGGAGUGGUACUCUCGCAUCAACUGUCCUCAGUACUACCAGGAAUGGUAUCUGGAUAUGCUAGUCCCAAGGUGUCUGACCUGUCAUUUGGAUCGAGAUUGGGGUAACAACUCACUUUUCUCCAUCAACAAGGCUCCUGUCCAUUCUGAAUUGUGAUCAGGAAGGCAAGAGGCUCAAAACCAGUCACUCAAUGCACUGAGUAAAUUUUCAGCGCAAUAUAUCCUGGUCACCUUCUAGGUUUAGUUGUUUUUGUAUUUUUUUCUUUGCCUUUGUCCAACAGGGUAAGUAUUCACCUGCCCCAGCUCAAUUUUUUAGUUUCUUUUUUUUUUGUAUUUUGUGAAAACUGGGGCCAGAACAGGUAGUGUUUUGCUAUCUCAUACAUUCUUUUAUAUCAUGGAGUCUUGAAGAUGUUUUCACUCACUGCACUUCAUUCCUCAGAGUUAGUGUGGUUGAUUACUCAUGGAUCCUGUGAUUCUAGUUGGGAUGAAAUUAUACUAUAUAUCAGAGUGAUACGGCUGAAUGGUGCUCUCAGGUAUGGGUACUCCGUUCGACUUGAGAUGUGUGUAUUUUAUCGUAGAAAUCUAUAGCAUUUCCAGGGCAUCAAUAAUGCAUUCAGAAGCUUACAUGCUCUGCUGUACAUGUGAUCAUUCUCAAGUUAAUGAGAUUUUAUUGAUUGAUAAGGGUCUUGUGAUUGUGAUAUCAAUCAACUGCAUUUCAUUUGGAAAGUAUAGAGAUGCUAUGUGGAUCAGUGCAAUGUGGCUCUCAAGUAUUCUGGUCAGUAUAUUGCCAAGUAUAAAUGGAUCAACUCUCUCUUUUCUGCAACCUCUGGUUUUGUUCUUUGUAGACCUAAUAUGUUUUUGCUACAAUGUCUGUGC